GAAGCCGAUCAAAAGCGUACGGAGUUUCCAGGAGGGCGGUCGUGUUACGAUCACAGAGAGAAAAAGAAAGAGAGAGAGACAGAGAGAGAAAGAACCUUUCUUCCCCCACGGUUACACAAAAAUUUCUCGAUACGUACGGGUCCUGGAUUUCAACGCGCAUCACAAGAAAAACGUUAUUCAAUAGAAUAAUGGCGCGCCGUGUGAUUUGACAGUGCAGAAACGCUUGAAUGGGAAAAGUGCCUCGAUAUUUUGUGUGUAUACCUUACUUCGUAGAAAAUACCCAGAUUUUGAAUAGUGGAGAGAGACGGAAGAAAUUCAUUUUUCGCGAUACGAAAAGGGAGUAACGAGAGGGACGAGGUAGAAGACGAAGACGACGGUGUGCGAGAGAGAAGGACAAUAGGAAAGAAGGAGGAAGGAAGAACAGAAGAGAUAGCUCGUGGGCGAGCUCGAAGAGAUGACGGGGGAGGAGGGAAAGGGUGGCGGUGGCGCCGGUGGGAAUACGAACGUUAACGCGACUGACAAUGUGAAUAAUGUUAACGCUAACAUCAAUGCGAAUGUCAAUGUCAACAUUAAUGCAAACACGAACGUCGUUCACCAAAAUGGCGGAACGGAGAAGGCGCCGGUCGUCGGUGGUACUAACGUUGAAACAUUGCCGCGUGCUGGAAAACAGAGUGAUCCAAGCACGUCAUUUUUGAGAGCAGCUCGCGCGGGUCAGUUGGAAAAGGUUCUGGAGUAUCUUGAAUCGGGUGUGGACAUUAACGCAUCAAAUGCUAACGGACUGAAUGCUUUGCACCUGGCAGCUAAGGAUGGCCACUUGGAAAUUGUCCGAGAACUUCUUAAUCGUGGCGCAGUAGUCGAUGCUGCUACUAAAAAGGGAAACACCGCAUUGCACAUUGCUUCUCUUGCUGGACAAGAGGAGGUUGUACAAUUGCUCGUUCAACAGGGUGCUUCUGUGAACGCACAGUCACAAAAUGGGUUCACACCGCUCUAUAUGGCUGCUCAAGAGAAUCACGACUCUGUGGUCAAGUACCUCCUCAGUAAGGGUGCCAACCAAACCCUCACGACGGAGGAUGGAUUCACUCCAUUGGCGGUGGCCAUGCAACAGGGUCAUGAUAAAGUAGUAGCCGUUCUAUUGGAAAAUGAUACUCGCGGUAAAGUUCGAUUACCUGCCCUCCACAUCGCUGCUAAGAAGGAUGAUUGUAAUGCGGCUGCCCUACUUUUGCAAAACGACCAUAAUCCCGACGUAACUUCGAAAAGCGGUUUUACACCACUUCACAUAGCCGCACAUUAUGGCAACGAUCGAAUUGCUUCCUUACUUUAUGAUAGAGGUGCGGAUGUAAAUUUUGCUGCUAAACACAAUAUUACGCCGAUUCAUGUAGCUGCAAAAUGGGGAAAAAUUAAAAUGGUAAAUCUUCUGAUAAGUAAAAGAGCAAAUAUCGAAGCAAAAACGAGAGAUGGCCUUACUCCUCUUCAUUGUGCAGCAAGAUCAGGUCAUCAUGAGGUUGUUGAUAUUCUUAUUGAAAGAGGAGCACCCAUUGGCUCGAAGACAAAGAAUGGUCUUGCACCAUUACACAUGGCUGCUCAAGGGGAUCAUGUAGAUGCCGCAAGGGUUCUACUUUAUCAUCGUGCACCUGUGGAUGAAGUAACAGUAGAUUAUUUGACAGCAUUGCAUGUGGCAGCUCAUUGCGGUCACGUAAGAGUGGCCAAACUUUUACUUGAUAGAAAUGCAGAUCCUAAUGCACGUGCACUCAAUGGUUUCACACCUUUACACAUUGCGUGUAAGAAGAACAGAAUCAAAGUAGUUGAACUUCUCUUAAAACAUAAAGCUAGUAUCGAAGCCACUACGGAGUCCGGAUUAACUCCGCUGCAUGUAGCAAGUUUUAUGGGAUGUAUGAACAUCGUCAUUUACUUGCUGCAACACGAAGCUAGUCCAGACAUACCGACAGUAAGAGGCGAAACGCCGUUACAUUUAGCUGCCAGAGCAAAUCAGACUGAUAUUAUCAGAAUACUUCUUAGGAACGGUGCUCAAGUUGACGCUAGAGCAAGGGAGGAACAAACGCCGCUUCACGUUGCUUCCCGCUUAGGCAAUGUUGACAUUGUAAUGUUGCUAUUACAACACGGUGCUGGAGUUGAUGCCACAACGAAAGAUUUGUACACUCCACUUCAUAUCGCAGCUAAGGAGGGUCAAGAAGAGGUUGCUUCAGUUUUAUUAGAAAAUGGAGCAUCACUUACUGCUACGACUAAGAAAGGUUUUACCCCUUUGCAUUUGGCAGCUAAAUACGGCAAUAUGAAUGUAGCGAGGUUGUUACUACAGAAAAAUGCACCGGUUGAUGCUCAAGGAAAGAACGGAGUAACUCCUCUUCACGUAGCAUCGCAUUAUGACCAUCAGAAUGUAGCGUUACUUCUAUUAGAUAAGGGUGCUUCGCCACAUGCUAUGGCUAAAAAUGGCCACACGCCUUUACAUAUUGCAGCACGAAAAAAUCAGAUGGAUAUUGCAACUACAUUACUAGAAUAUGGCGCGAAAGCGAAUGCAGAAUCAAAAGCAGGAUUUACGCCGCUACAUUUAAGUGCACAAGAAGGACACACCGAUAUGUCAACUUUACUUAUCGAACACAAGGCAGACACAAAUCAUAAAGCGAAGAAUGGUCUUACGCCGUUACACUUAUGCGCACAAGAGGAUAAAGUCAACGUUGCUUCUAUUCUCGUAAAGAAUGGUGCUCAGAUUGAUGUUAAAACAAAGGCUGGUUACACACCAUUGCACGUUGCAGCUCAUUUUGGUCAAGCAGCAAUGGUACGAUUCCUUUUGCGGUCUGGUGCCACUGUUGAUAACAGUACCAAUGCUGGUUAUACGCCGUUACAUCAAGCUGCACAGCAGGGCCACACGCUGGUUAUUAAUUUACUGUUAGAAAGUAAAGCUAAGCCAAAUGCUGUAACCAAUAAUGGACAAACCGCUUUAGAUAUUGCACAAAAACUUGGCUAUAUCAGUGUCAUCGAAACUCUAAAGGUUGUAACAGAAACUAUCAUUACUACGACACAUACUAUCACUAUUGAAGAAAAAUAUAGAGUACAAGCACCUGAAUCCAUGCAAGAAACGUUCAUGAGCGACAGUGAAGAUGAAGGUGGUGGUGAUGAAAUCGGCAUAGCAGCCAUGAAUGUGUACGGGCAGCCUCCACACGCGCAACACGUGUACCUUCCUUCUUACUACCAGGGCCAAAUGACCUAUACCCGUGAAGAUCCAAUGCUCAGCGACCAACAUCAAUACCGUUACAUGACUGUUGAUGAUAUGAAAUCUAUGGGAGACGACUCCAUGCGUGUCAAUGUGACGGAUGAUGAGAGAGAUAAUCGACAUGCUGGAGCUCCCACAAUAACAGAAAUGAUCACCAAGGAAAAUUAUCAACGUUCUAAUGCCGCAAAUCUCAAGCCAGACAAUAUAGAUAUCAAUAGGCAUCCGGUUCACGUUGGUGCCUCUAUAGAGUUCCUAAUUACAUCGCUGGCUGCUCUCGGUACCGUGUCAAAAGGACAAGGAAUGUGGAGGGACAGCUUCCUGGUUUCUUUCCUGGUCGACGCGAGAGGUGGUGCAAUGCGGGGAUGUAGACACAGUGGAGUUCGGGUUAUCGUACCUCCACGUAAAGCAGCAAUGCCGAUGCGAGUAACUUGCAGAUACCUAAGGAGAGAUAAAUUGACCAAUCCGCCUCCUUUAAUGGAAGGCGAGGCUUUGGCCAGUCGUAUUUUGGAACUUGGACCAGUCGGUGCUAAAUUUUUAGGACCCGUCAUCAUAGAGGUGCCACAUUUUGCAUCAUUAAGAGGGAAGGAACGAGAAAUAGUUAUCUUACGUUCCGAUAAUGGAGAAACUUGGCGCGAACACACCCUGGAGGCUAGCGAGGAGGCUGUACAGGAUGUUCUCAAUGAGAGCUUUGAAGGAGAAGAAUUAAGCCAGCUAGAAGAUCUCCAAACGUCGCGCAUCGUAAGGAUACUUACUGCUGAUUUUCCACAUUAUUUCGCGGUUGUCUCUCGUAUAAGGCAAGAAGUACAUGCGGUUGGGCCAGAAGGUGGUACUGUAUCUUCGUCAGCCGUUCCUCAGGUUCAAGCUGUCUUCCCACCUGCAGCUUUAACCAAGAAGAUUAGGGUUGGCUUACAGGCCCAUCCAAUACCAGCUGAACUAGUAGCAAAACUACUAGGUAAUCGAGUCGCAGUAUCGCCCAUAGUAACGGUAGAACCACGACGACGAAAGUUCCAUAAGCCCAUAACUUUAACCAUACCGGUACCACAAGCAGCUAAUAAAGGCAUGAUUAACCAAUACUCGGGGGAUGCACCGACUCUAAGGCUCCUGUGCAGCAUAACUGGAAUAUCGAUACUGAAGGGUCGAGGAAGAUCUCGUCUAUCGAGGGGUCAGUCUCGGGCAGUCUGGGAGGAUGUCACAGGUUCGACACCAUUGACUUUCGUCAAGGAUUGUGUCUCUUUUACUACCACGGUAUCUGCUCGGUUUUGGCUAAUGGACUGCCGAAAUAUUUCGGAAGCGACAAAAAUGGCAACAGAAUUGUAUACUCAUGCUACCCAUGUACCAUUUAUGGCUAAAUUUGUAGUCUUCGCAAAACGUAUAGAUCCUUUGGAGGCCAGGAUACGCGUAUUUUGUAUGACUGAUGAUAAAGAGGAUAAAACUCUUGAACAUCAAGAGCAUUUUACAGAAGUUGCGAAGAGUAGAGAUGUUGAAGUGUUAGAAGGCAAAACUCAAUACAUGGAAUUUACGGGUAAUCUUGUACCAGUAUUAAAAAGUGGCGAACAGCUUCAAUUGCCAUUCAGAGCGUUUAAAGAAAAUAGAGUACCGUUUACUGCGCGGAUAAAAGAUCCAGAUGCGGCAGAUAUGAUGGGUCGAAUAAUGUUUAUGAGCGAGCCUAAGGUUCCUAAAGGCGAGGUGCCACAAACACCAAUAUGUACAUUGAAUAUUUUGUUACCUGAAAAGAUUUCUCCUGAACCUGCGGUUUCAGAAUUGGAUUUACUUGAAUUAUCGAAAAAUUACAGUUUUCUACGCGAUGGUGGAAUCAGUCGGCCAGAUGCUAUACAUAGAGCAACUAUACGUUUAAGGGAUAUAGCAAAUUUACUAGGCAAAGAUUGGGAACAAUUAGCAGAAGAACUUAAUAUUGCUCCGAACGAUGUGUCUUUGAUAAAACAGGAAUAUCCUGAUAAACCAGCUCAACAAGCGGCAGCAAUGUUCAAACUCUGGCAAAGUAAUGGAAAUAAAGCAACGGGUAAUACCUUAGAAAAGGCGCUCAAUAAGAUUGGCCGAGAAGAUAUUGUUAACAAAUGUAUAUUUAACGUAGAACUUGUUACUGAUGAUGUCGAAAAAGCAGUUGCAAGGGUUCAAUUAGAUCAGCCAGGUUUUGACUCCUUAAAAGAAGAAUUAGGACCUUCGAGGGACACAUCUCUUCGACGUGAUGCAACUAUGGAUCCAAAAAUGGAUCCUGAUUAUGAGGAACCAGAUAGAAUGAAGGAAUCUGAAUCCGUAGAAGAGCUUAGUAACACUGGUCGUUUGCAGGAUAAACGAUCCAAGCAGCAUGUCACAAUCGCAAAUGGCACUGUAUUCAACGGAACCUCGACACCCAUCAAAGAUAAAUAUGCAAGUGAUGAGAAAGAAUUGGGAGAUAUGAUGGCUGAUUUCAUUGAACAUAAAUGUCACGUUACCGACACGAUGAGUAAAAAAUCACGCGACGAGCUCGACGACGAAGAAAAAAAGCGACAAAGGGUGAUUGCUGACGCUAAUAAAAUAGUUUCUGGUGUAAUAGCAGAGGCAGAGAAAGAAAAGGAGAAGUUAGCGAAGGAAGGGUGGUCGGUGGUUUAUGAUGAUAUGCGGGACAGUGAGAAGGUGAGAGGUGCUGUAGGGCAAUCUUCAUUUAAUAAAGAGAUAGCUAAAAGUUCAGAUCAAUUUAGGGAUGCAGAGUUAGGUAUAAUUCUACAACCAAAAGUUAGAGAUGAUGUAGAGCCUCUUAUAAUUAAACAAGAAAGGGCACAUGGCGGGAAAAAGGAUCCAAAGAAGCAAAUUUCUUUCCCGAAACAAACAGGCAUUUUAAAGAAGGAUUUAGUAGUAGAACAACCAGUUGUUAGGGAGAUUAGCAUUGUAAAAGAUAUUAAACCCACAGUAGUUACUAUAACUUCCACAGAUUCUAUUACUUUACCUCAUAGUAAAGUAGAAGUUAGUGAAAAAGAGAAGAUGUCUAAGGAAGGUAAAGAUGUAGAUGAGAAGUUGUUACAAGGUGAUAUGACAUCUCAACCUAUGAAAGACUCCGAUAAAAAGAUUAAAAUGACAGAAAUAAAAACGAAUAUUGGAACGGAUGUUCCAACGAAGAGCCAAGUGGAACAGGACGGGACAUCAAUUACCGAUAAGCGUCAUUCCGCGUAUAAAGAUGUAUAUGAUGCUCAAUAUCCCGUAAAGAAUCUCGACGAAGGAACAACUGAUACAUCAAAAAAGGUGAAAGAUAAAAGCAGUGGUAUAUUUUCGGGUAUUUUUAAAGGUCCUAAGUUAAAGAAGGGUAAAUCCAAAGAUUCGAAAGAGACAUCUUUUGACAGCGGAGAUGAGGAAAGCAAAAUUACUUCGGUUUCCGACACAGUAUCAAAACCUGUAAGUAUAUCUCACGAUAAAGGUCCUUCGCCACAAAAAGAUUCAGAAACUAUCCUAUCUGAUAUAAAACUUACAACUAUAAAUUUAUUGGAGGAUGCUAAGAAUACUGCUGCUCUCUUACAUGCACCAACAGAAUCUAAUGAAAAAAAUGGAUUAGUAACAAUUCCUGUAGAAGAUAAAAAGAGCAAAUCAUCGAUCGAAGCUCAUACUAAGCCUCAAGUAGUACACGAAGUAAAAGAAAAAAUUACGACCGUAGGAAUCAAAAAAGAACAUAUUAACGGAACAACAACGAUCCAAUCAAACCAGACAAUAGACUCUCUUAAUGGCACAGGGAAAAAUGUAGAGCGAGAAGAUAAUCAAAAUCUUGAAAUAAUGUCAAAGAGUAGUCCAACUAAACAAGAAAAUGUUCAAAAAUCUGACUUAAAAGAAUCACCAAAGAAAGAAGAUAAAGAUGAUAGCGAUGCAGGUACAACUGGUAAAGAACGUGGUGGUAUAUUUGGAAUAUUUAAAAGUCCGAAAUCGAAAGAAAAAAAAACGAGUAAAAUAAAAGAUUCAUCUCUAGAUUAUAGUGACGAAGAACUUAAAUCCACUACAGAAAAAUUCCUUGAAGAAACACGUAAAGUUGCCGGCGAGGAUGUAAUUCACGUAGGUUACAAGACAGAGGAUACAAAACCUAUUGCUACAAGUCCAAUAACUACGCUUAGUGCUGCUACUUACGAUAGCUCUGAUGUACCAGUAGACAAAGUUAGUAAACAUUCGUACGAUGUAACGGGUAAAUAUAAAUUGGAACCAACUCUACCAGCAGAUAAGAAAUCUGAUAAAGAAACUGCAGAAGAAAGUAAAGAAAAGGGUAAUUUCUUUGGUAUAUUCAAAAGUCCUAAACCAAAAUCUAAGAAAGGGACAAGAGAUCGUAGUAUUUCGAAAGAGAGAUCAUUUGAUAGCACAGAUGAAGAUUCCUAUAAUGCAGAUGUAAAAUAUACUGAACAUUUAAGUAAAUCAUCGAUUCAAAAAGAAGAAGAAAGCCAGGAAUCAGGAUCAGGAGAUGAGGGAACUAAAGAAAAAAGCGGUGGUAUUUUCGGAAUGUUUAGAAGUCCCAGAUUGCAACGUGGUUCUCGAAGUAAAUCUAAAGAAAAAAGUUUACCUCCUGAAAUACCACAAAGUGAUUCGAAAGAAACAACAGCCAAAUUCCUAGAGGAUACGCGCAAUACUGCCGAAAUGAUCGGUAGUUAUCAACAAUCACCUUUGAUUUCAUCACAAAAUCAAGAAGAUUCGACUAAAGAAAAAACUCCACCUAUAGAAAAAGCACCUAUUGAUAUCGCAGCUCAGAGAGUUGUAAAUGGUGUAAAAGAUGUGAAAGAUGCUGUAGCGAAAGAACUGAAAGAAGAUAGUAAAGCUGUAAAGAGUGCACUCGCUGUUAGUACUGGUGCUGUUGUGGAUGGUGCCCAAUCAGUAAAAGAUAAAGCUACGAAAGAAACUAAAAAAGCAAAAGAUAAAACGUCUGGAUUUUUCUCGGGUAUAUUCAAGGGAACUAAACAUACAGCUGAAGACAUUUCCGAUGAUGUUAAAGAUUUCGUAGCAGAAACAAAAACUGAAGCUGCCAAAGAAGAGGCUCGUGCAAAAGAAGCAGCUGCACAAGCUGUAAAAACUACCGAUGAUACAAAAACUAAACUUGCAGCUGGUGUUAAAGAUUUAAAAGAUAAGACAGUAGCAGGAGUGCAAGAUGCUAAGGAGAAAACAGCUGUUAGUGUUAAAGAUGGAAAAGAUAAGACAGUAACUAUAACGCAAGAUAUCAAGGAAAAAGUAGUAACUGUCACUAAAGAUACAAAGGACAAAGUAGUAAUUGGAGCACAGGAUCUCGCCGAAAAAACAGCAGCUGGUGUAAAGGAUGCAAAAGACAAAACAGUAGAAGGAGCCCAGGACUUUACGAAGAAAACAGCAGCUGGUGUAAAAGAUAUCAAAGAUAAAACUGCUUCAGUGGUUACAGACGUAAAAGACAAAAUUGUGCUUGAUGGUAAAAUAGCUGCUGAUAAAAUAGAAACCAAAACUCUUAAAGUUGCAGAUGGUGUGAAGGAUGCAAAAGAUAGUGCAACAAAAGAAUUAAAAGAAGAUGCUGAAGUUGUAAAAGGAGCACUUACUACUGGUGCUACUGCUAUUGUAGAUGGUGCUCAAUCAACGAAAGAUAAAACUAUAAAAGAAACUAAAAAAGCUAAAGAUAAAACAUCUGGGUUUUUCUCAGGCAUAUUUAAGGGAGCUAAGCAUGCGGUAGAAGAUAUUUCUGACGAAGUUAAAGAGUUCUUAGAAGAAACUAAAAUCGAAGCUGAAGAAGAAGAGGCACGUGCUAAAGAAACUGCUUCACGAGCUGCUAAAUCUGCAGAUGAUGUAAAAGAUAAAACUGUAACUGUGGUUAAAGACCUGAAGGAUAAAACAGUAGCAGAAGCAGAAGAUGUGAAAAAGAAGGUAGUAAUUGGUGCAAAAGAUGUAAAAGAAAAAACGGUGGAAGGGGUACAAGAUGUCACAAAGAAGACAGUAGCUGGCGUAAAGGAUGCCAAAGAUAAAUCAGCCGAUGUAGCAGUAGAUGCAGGUGACAAAAUAAUUUCUAAUGGAAAAAAAGCAAUUGAUAAAGUAGAAACUGUAGCACAUGGAGUUGCGGAAAAAGCAAAUGAUGCAAAGGAUAAUGUAGCAAAAGAAUUAAAAGAAGAUGCCGCAGUUGUAAAGGGUACACUUUCCAGUUCUGCUGAUGCUGUCGUAGAUGGUACGCAAUCAGCGAAAGAUAAAGCUGACAAGGAAAGUAAAAAAGCUAAAGAAAAAGCAUCUGGAUUUUUCUCGGGUAUUUUUAAGGGUGCUAAGCAAACAGUUGACGAUGCUUCUGAAGAUGUAAAAGAGUUCUUGGACAAAACAAAAGCCGAAGCUGCAGAAGAAAAAGCACGUGCUAAAGAAGCUGCUUCACGAGCUGCUAAAUCGGUGGAUGAUGUAAAAGAUAAAACUGUUGCUGGAGUUAAAGACCUUAAAGACAAAACAGUAACAGGAGUGCAAGACGUGAAGGAAAAGACAGUAACAGGCAUGAAAGAUGCAAAAGAUAAAACUGUAGGAGCAACGGAAGAUGUUAAAGAGAAAAUAGCAAUCGGCGUAAAAGAUGCUAAAGAGAAAGUAGUAACUGAAGCACAUGAUAUUACAGAGAAGGCAGUAAUUGGCGCAAAGGAUGCAAAAGAAAAAGCAGUGGAAGGAGUACAAGAUGUUACAAAUAAGACAGUAAUUGGCGUAAAAGAUGUCAAAGAUAAAGCAGCCGAUGUAACAGCAGAUGCAGGCGACAAAAUAAUUUCUGGUGGAAAAAAAGCAGUUGAUAAAGUAGAAACAGCAGCACAUGGGGUUGCGGAAAAAGCAAAAGAUGCAAAAAAUAAUGUGACAAAAGAAUUAAGAGAAGAUGCUGCAGUUGUAAAGGGUGCUAUUGUAGAUGGUUCGCAGUCAACGAAAGAUAAAGCAGACAAAGAAAGUAAAAAAGCUAAAGAAAAAGCAUCUGGAUUUUUUUCGGGUAUUUUUAAAGGUGCUAAGCAAACAGUUGACGAUGCUUCUGAAGAUGUAAAAGAGUUCUUGGACAAAACAAAAGCCGAAGCUGCAGAAGAAAAAGCACGUGCUAAAGAAGCUGCUUCACGAGCUGCUAAAUCGGUAGAUGAUGUAAAAGAUAAAACUGUUGCUGGAGUUAAAGACCUGAAGGACAAAACAGUAGCAGGAGUGCAAGAUGUGAAAGAAAAGACAGUAGUUGGUGUGAAAGAUGCAAAAGAUAAAACUGUAGGAGCAACAGAAGAUGUUAAAGAGAAAAUAGCAAUCGGCGUAAAAGAUGUUAAAGAAAAAGUAGUUACUGAAGCACAUGAUAUUACACAGAAGGCAGUAAUUGGCGCAAAAGAUGCAAAAGAAAAAGCGGUGGAAGGAGUACAAGAUGUUACAAAGAAGACAGUAACUGGCGUAAAGGAUGCUAAAGAUAAAGCAGCCGAUGUAGCAGCAGAUGCAGGUGACAAAAUAAUUUCUGGUGGAAAAAAAGCAGUUGAUAUAGUAGAAAGUACAGCACAUGGAGUUACAGAAAAAGCAAAAGAUGCAAAGGAUAAUGCAGCAAAAGAAUUAAGAGAAGAUGCCGCAGUUGUAAAGGGUACACUUUCCAGUUCUGCUGAUGCUGUCGUAAAUGGUGCGCAAUCAGCGAAAGAUAAAGCUGACAAAGAAAGUAAAAAAGCUAAAGAAAAAGCAUCUGGAUUUUUCUCGGGUAUUUUUAAGGGUGCUAAGCAAACGGUUGACGAUGCUUCUGAAGAUGUAAAAGAGUUCUUGGACAAAACAAAAGCCGAAGCUGCAGAAGAAAAAGCACGUGCUAAAGAAGCUGCUUCACGAACUGCUAAAUCUGUAGAAGAUGCAAAAGAUAAAACUGUUGCUGGAGUUAAAGACCUGAAGGACAAAACAGUAGCAGGAGUGCAAGAUGUGAAAGAAAAGACAGUAGUUGGUGUGAAAGAUGCAAAAGAUAAAACUGUAGGAGCAACAGAAGAUGUUAAAGAGAAAAUAGCAAUCGGCGUAAAAGAUGCUAAAGAGAAAGUAGUAACUGAAGCACAUGAUAUUACACAGAAGGCAGUAAUUGGCGCAAAGGAUGCAAAAGAAAAAACAGUGGAAGGAGUACAAGAUGUUCGAAAGAAGACAGUAGCUGGCGUAAAAGAUGUCAAAGAUAAAGCAGCCGAUGUAGCAGCAGACGCAGGCGACAAAAUAAUUUCUGGUGGAAAAAAAGCAGUUGAUAAAGUAGAAACUGCGGCCCAUGGGGUUGCGGAAAAAGCAAAAGAUGCAAAGAAUGAUGUAGCGAAAGAAUUAAAAGAAGAUGCCACAAUUGUAAAGGGUGCACUUUCCAGUUCUGUUGAUGCUGUAGUAGAUGGUACACAGUCAGCGAAAGAUAAAGCUGAUAAAGAAACGAAAAAAGCUAAAGAAAAAGCAUCUGGAUUUUUCUCGGGCAUUUUUAAAGGUGCUAAACAUACAGUUGAUGAUAUUUCUGAAGAUUUCAAAGAGUUUUUGGACAAGACAAAAGCCGAAGCCGUGGAAGACGAGGCACGUGCUAAAGAAGCUGCUUUACGAGCUACUAAAUCUGUUGAUGAUACAAAAGAUAAAACUGUUACCGGUGUCAAAGAUAUAAAAGACAAGACAUUAGCAGGAGUAGAAGUCGUUAAACAGAAGACAGUAGCUGAUGCUAAGGAUGCAAAAGAUAAAAUUGUUGCUACAACCCAAGACGCUAAAGAAAAUAUAGUAUCAAGCACUAAAGAUGCCAAAAACAAAGCAAUAAGUGGAGUGCACGAUAUUACAGAUAAAUCAGUAAGAAGUGUAGAAGAUGUAAAAGAUAAAACAGUAGAAGGAAUAAAGGAUAUCACCGAGAAAACUGCAGCUGACGUAAAAGAUAUCAAAAAUAAAGCAGUUGCGGCAGUAUCAGACACAGAAGAAGAAGUUAUUUCUGGUGGGAAAAAAGUAACAUAUAAAAUAGAAACCACUACUCACAGAGUUACAGAAGGUGCAAAGGAUGCUAAAGACACUGUAGCAAAAGAACUGAAGGAUGACGCUGAAGUAGUCAAAAAUUUAUUUAGCACCAGUGCUGGUGCUGUUGUAGAUGAAGUACAAUCCGCGAAAGAUAAAGCUGACAAGGAAAGUAAAAAAGCUAAAGAAAAAGCAUCUGGAUUUUUUUCGGGUAUUUUUAAAGGUGCUAAGCAAACAGUUGACGAUGCUUCUGAAGAUGUAAAAGAGUUCUUGGACAAAACAAAAGCCGAAGCUGCAGAAGAAAAAGCACGUGCUAAAGAAGCUGCUUCACGAACUGCUAAAUCUGUAGAAGAUGCAAAAGAUAAAACUGUUGCUGGAGUUAAAGACCUGAAGGACAAAACAGUAGCAGGAGUGCAAGAUGUGAAAGAAAAGGCAGUAGUUGGUGUGAAAGAUGCAAAAGAUAAAACUGUAGGAGCAACAGAAGAUGUUAAAGAGAAAAUAGCAAUCGGCGUAAAAGAUGCUAAAGAGAAAGUAGUAACUGAAGCACAUGAUAUUACACAGAAGGCAGUAAUUGGCGCAAAGGAUGCAAAAGAAAAAACAGUGGAAGGAGUACAAGAUGUUCGAAAGAAGACAGUAGCUGGCGUAAAAGAUGUCAAAGAUAAAGCAGCCGAUGUAGCAGCAGACGCAGGCGACAAAAUAAUAUCUGGUGGAAAAAAAGCAGUUGAUAAAGUAGAAACUGCAGCACAUGGAGUUACGGAAAAAGCAAAAGAUGCAAAGGAUAAUGUAGCAAAAGAAUUAAAAGAAGAUGCUGCAGUUGUAAAGGAUGUAGUUUCUAGUGGUGUUGAUGCUGUUGCACACGGUGCACAAUCAGUAAAAGAAAAGACUGCAAAAGAAACUAAAAAAGCUAAGGAGAAAACAUCUGGAUUUUUCUCAGGUAUUUUUAAGGGAGCUAAGCAUACAGUUGAUGAUGUUGCUGAAGAUGUUAAAGAGUUUUUGGAUAAAACAAAAGCAGAAGCUGCUGAAGAAGAGGCACAUGCUAGAGAGGCUGCUUCCAAAGCUGUUACAUCUGUAGAAGAUGCAAAAGACAGGAUUACUACUGAUGUCAAAGAUGUAAAAGAUAAAACAAUAGCAGAAAUGCAAGAUGCUAAAGAGAAGACAGUAGCUGCUGUUAAAGAUGCAAAGGAGAAAACUGUUGUAACAACCCAAGAUGUCAAAGAAAAAAUAGUGUCUAGUACUAAAGAUGCUAAAGGUAAAAUAGUAGAUGGUGUACAUGAUAUUACGGAGAAAGCAGAAGCUGAUAUAAAAGACGUGGCAGACAAAACAGUAGAAGGAGCUAUCGAUCUAAACAAGAAAACUGCAACUGAGGUAAAUGAUAUGAAAGAUAAAGUUGCUUCAUCAGCAACGGGCGCAAGGGAUCAAAUUGUUUCAGAUGGUAAGAAAGCUACUGGUAAAAUAGAAAUAGCCGCACAUGGAUUUGUAAAUGGUGCACAAGAUACGAAAGAUACCAUAGCAAAAGAAUUAAAAGAAGAUAUGAAAGUAGUGAAAGGUGCAGUUACCAGUGGUGCUGAUGCUAUUGUGGACAGUACUAAAACACAAAAGGAUAAAGCUACGAAAGAAACAAAGAAAACUAAGGACAAAGCAACUGGAUUCUUCUCGGGCAUAUUAAAGGGAGCUAAGCACGCUGUUGAAGAUGUCUCUGAAGAUAUUAAGGAAUUCUUUGAAGAAACAAAGGCCGAAGCUGCCGAAGAGGAAGCGCGUGCUAAGGAAGCUGCCUCACGAGCAGCGAAAUCUGUUGAUGAUGCAAAGAAUAAAGCUGUUGCUGAUGUUAAACAUGUAAAAGAUAAAAUGGUAGUAGAAGUGCAAGAUGCGAAAUAUAAAACAGUAGCUAGUGCAAAAGAUGCAACAGAUAAAACCUUAGUUGCAAUGCAAGAUAUGAAAAAUAAAACACAAGAAGAAGUUCAAGAUAUGACAAAGAAAAUAGUAGCAAACGUUACAGAUGAAAAAGAUAAAGCAACUUAUGUAGCUGCGGAAGUAGGCGACAAAGUGAUCUCUGGUGGAAAGAAAGCUGUUGAUAAAGUAGAAACUGCAGCACAUGGGGUUGCGGAAAAAGCAAAAGAUACAAAGGAUGAUGUAGCAAAAGAAUUAAAAGAAGAUGCCGCAGUUGUAAAGAGUGCACUUUCCACUAGUGUUGACACCGUUGUAGAUGGAGCCCAAUCAGCGAAAGAUAAAGCUGAGAAAGAAACGAAAAAAGCUAAAGAAAAAGCAUCUGGAUUUUUCUCGGGUAUUUUUAAAGGUGCUAAGCAUACAGUCGAUGAUGCUUCAGAAGAUUUAAAAGAAUUCUUGGAUAAAACAAAAGCGGAAGCUGCGGAAGAAAGAGCACGUGCUAAAGAAGCUGCCUCACAAGCUGCUAAAUCGGCGGAUGAUGUAAAAGAUAAAACUCUUGCUGAUGUUAAAGAUUUGAAAGACAAAACAGUAGCAGGAGUAGAAGAUGUAAAAGAAAAAACAGUAGCUGUUGUUACAGAUGCAAAAGAUAUAACUGCUACUACAACACUUGACAUCAAAGAAAAAAUUGUAUCUAGCACUAAAGAUGCAAAAGACAAAGCAGUAAUGGAAGGAAAGGAUAUUACCGAGAAAGCAGUAGCUGGUGUAAAGGAUGCUAAAGACAAAACAGUGGAAAGAGCCCAUAUUCUUACAGAGACAACAGAAGCUGGAUUAAUAGAUAUAAAAAAUAAAGCUUCUGCGGUAGCUGCAAAUGUAGGAGAUAAAAUUAUAUCUGGUGGAAAAAAAGCAACUGAUAAAGUAGAAAUCACAGCUCACGUAGUUGCGGAUGAUGCGAAACACGCGAAGGAAGCUGUAGCUAAAGAAUUGAAAAAAGAUGCUGAAGUUAUGAAAGGUUCUUUAGUUUCCGCUGCUGAUGCUGCAGCGGAUAGCGCCCGGUCAGCAAAAGAAAAAACUGCAAAAGAAACGAAAAAAGCAAAAGAUAAAACAUCUGGAUUUUUUUCGGGUAUAAUUAAGGGAGCUAAACAUGCAGUUGAAGAUGUUUCCGAAGAUGUUAAAGAAUUCUUAGAAGAGACGAAAGCUGAAGCUAUAGAAGAAGAGGCGCGUGCUAAAGAUGCUGCAUCACGUACCGCUAAAUCUGUAGAUGAUGCAAAGAAUAAGACCGCUGCUGGAAUUAAAGACAUUAAAGACAAAACAGUAAUUGGAUUACGAGAUGCGAAAGACAAGACAGUAGCUGUUGUUAAAGACGCAAAGGAUAAAACUGUUGCUAAAACACAAGACGUUAAAGAGAAGUUAGUAACCAGUAUAAAAGAUUCAAAAGAAAAAACAGUUAAUGGAUCACAAGAUGUUACAGAGAAAGUCAUAGCUGGUGUGGAGGAUGUAAAAGAUAAAGUUGCUUCUUCAGGUGCGGAUGUAAAAGGCAAAAUUGUUUCGGGUGGAAAAGUAGCUGCUGAUAAAGUAAAAACCACAGCUCAUGGAGUUGAAGAUGAUGCGAAGAAUGCAAAAGAUGCUGUAGCAAAAGAACUAAAGGAAGAUACUGAAAUUGUAAAGGGAACGCUUACCACUGGUGCUACUGCUGUUGUAGACGGCGCUCAAUCAGCAAAAGAUAAAGCUGCAAAAGAAACUAAAAAGGCUAAAGAAAAAACGUCUGGAUUUUUUUCCGGUAUACUCAAGGGAGCUAAACAUGCAGUAGAAGAUGUCUCUGAUGAUUUUAAAGAGUUCUUAGAAGAAACGAAAGCUGAAGCUGCCGAAGAAGAGGCACGUGCUAAAGACGCAACAUCACGAGUUACAAAAUCUGUAGAUAAUGCAAAGGACAAAGCCACUACUGGUGUCAAAGAUCUAACAAAUAAAACAAUAGCAGAAGUGCAAGAUACAAAAGAGAAAACAGCUGCUAGUGUGAAAGAUGUAAAAGAUAAAACUGUAGGCGCAACGCAGGAUGUCAAAGAGAAAAUAGUGUCUGGUACUAAAGAUGCUAAAGAUAAAAUAAUAAUUGGCGCACAAGAUAUUACUGAAAAGGCAGUUACUAGCGUUAAGGAUUCUAAAGACAAAGCAUUAACAGAUGCCCAAGAUUUUACUGAAAAAACAGUAACUGGCAUAAAGGACAUAAAAGAUAAAGCUUCUACGAUAGCUACAGAUGCAGGAGACAAAAUAUUAUCGAGUGGAAAAAUAGUAGCUGAUAAAGUAGCAAUCACAGCUCAUGGAGUUUCGGAAGAGGCGAAGGAUACCAAGGAUGCUGUUGCAAAAGAAUUAACAGAAGAUACUGCAGUUGUAAAGAGCGCACUUUCCACUAGUGUUGAUGCUGUUGCUGAUGGUGCCCAAUCAGCGAAAGAAAAAGCUGCGAAAGAAACUAAAAAAGCUAAAGAAAAAACAUCUGGAUUUUUCUCAGGUAUUUUUAAAGGAGCUAAACACACAGUUGAUGAUGUUUCGGAAGAUGUUAAGGAAUUUUUGGAUAAGACGAAAGCUGAAGCUGCGGAAGAAGAGUCACGUGCUAGAGAAGCUGCUUCACGAGCUGCUAAAUCUAUAGAUGAAGCGAAAGACAGGAUUACUACUGAUGUCAAAGAUGUAAAAGAUAAAACAGUAGCAGGAGCACAAGAUGCUAAGGAAAAGACAGUAGCUGUUGUUAAAGAUGCAAAAGAUAGAACUAUUGCUACAACCCAAGCUGUCAAAGAAAAUAUAGUGGCUAGCACUAAAGAUGUUAAAGACAAAGUAGUAGGUGGAACUCGUGAUAUUACGGAAAAAACAGUAAUUGGUGUAAAGGAUGCAAAAGAUAAAACCGUGGAAGGAGUCCAAGAUCUUACAAAAAGGACAACAGCUGGCGUUAAGGAUGUCAAAGAUAAAGCUGCUCUUACAGUUUCAGAUGCAAGAGAUAAAAUUGUUUCUGGUGGAGAGAAAGCUGCUGAUAAAAUUGAAAUCACAGCUCGUGGAGUUAUGGAUGGUUCGAAAGAUACUAUAGGGAAAAAACUUAAAGAAGAUGCAGAAGUUGUAAAGGGUUCAUUAGUUUCCGCUGCUGAUGUUGUUGCGGAUGACACUCAGUCAGCAAAAGAUAAAACUGUAAAAGAAACUAAAAAAGCAAAAGACAAAGCAUCUGGAUUUUUUUCAGGUAUAAUUAAGGGAGCUAAGCAUGUAGUUGAAGAUGUUUCUGAAGAUGUUAAAGAAUUCUUAGAAGAAACGAAAGCUGAAGCUGCCGAAGAAGAAGCACGUGCUAAGGAAGCUGCUGCACGUGCGGCUAAGACUGUAGAUGACGCAAAGGAGAAGACUGUUACAGGCGUAAAAGAUCUAGAGCAAAAAGCAGUGUCAGGAGUACACGAUGUUAAACAAAAGAUCGUCUCCAGUGUUACAGAUGCAAAAGAUAAAAGUUCUGCUAAAAUAGAGGGCAUUAAUAAGAAGAUUACUACAGGUACGGCUGAUGCUACAGUUAUUGCAGUAGAAGGUACACAGUUUGUUGCCGAACAAGCUGUUGGUGGGAUGAAAGAUACGAAGGAUAAAUCUAUCGCUACAGUUAAAGAUAUUAAAGCAAAAACUGAAUCAAAAGUAUCUGAUAUCACACAGAGUGCAGACAACGUUACAGUUUCUACAGGUGAAAAAAUUUUCUCUACUGGAAAGCAAAUAUCUGAUAAGAUAGAUUUGGCAACUCGUGGACUUGUUGAAGACGCGAAAGAUGCGAAGGGAACAGUUUCCGAAGAAAUAAAAGAAAAAGUACGAUCUAGUAAAGAAACACUUGCAACUGGUAGUAGUGCUAUUGUUGGCGGUACUCAAACAGCAAAAGAAAAAACUUCUAAGGAGGCAAAGAAGAUUAAAGAGAAAGGAUCUGGAUUCCUAUCUGGUAUAUUUAAAAGUGCCAAGCAUGCAAAGGAAGACGUUACUGAUGACGUGAAAGAAUUCUUUGAAGAAACCAAAAACGAAGCUGUAGCCGAAGAGGCGCGAGCUAAAGAAGCUGCAGCACAUUCAGUCAAAGUUGUAAAAGGCUUAAAAGAUAAAACUGUAGAUGUUAUUGACGAUACUAAAACAAGAACAGAGUCCAAAGUAUCUGGCAUUGCACGCAAAAUUACUAGUGUCACUUCUUCUGGAAAUAAUUACCCUCCUAGUGAAUCUGAAGAUAAUCGAAAAAUUAAUGAAAAAUUCGGAGGAAUAACGACCACAGUUAUUAGCAGUGAAAUAAUUUCUCCUACACAAGGAGUUUCUGCACCAUUUUCAGAAGUUUCUACGUUUGGAGUCUAUCCAAAAUCUGAUGUGAAUACAGUUAGUUCCGUUGUUAGCAGCGAUCAGGAUUUGGUAUCACGAGAUAGAUCGAAAAAGAUUUCGCGCAUUCCACAACGUGUUAGUACUUCUCCGGAUGACAGAACUGAACAACUAAGUACAAAUUUGGGUUCAGGUAGAGUAGUUGUGAUAUCUAGUGAAUUAGAGCACCUUGAACCUCACACAAGACAAUCCGUCACCACAGUCGUUACAAAGUCUGUGCGGACGGCAGCAACACCACCACCCAGUCUCGCCGAGUUCACUGACAGUAGAAUCGAAGAUGUAACAGAGGAAGCUGCAAGACGAGCACAAAACCUAGUUCAACAAACAUAUUCUGUGACAAAACCAGGGCAUGAUUCGGCUGAGAUUGAUGGGACUGUAGAGAGGCAUGCUACUUCUGCUCCAACAAAGCAACCUGUUCCCGCCCCACGUCAUUUCACCACCAAGUCGUCCGCCAAAGCCGAUUUUCGUCUAGAUUUUGGAGACGCCUCACGAACAUCACAUGGUCUUAAAAUUAAGAAACCAUUCGAAUGUUCCCCCGAAUCUCCAGAAAAAAGCAGUCCAAAAUCAAAGAUUCCUGUGAAAAUAAAGAAACAGAUCGAAGACGAAGAGAGCGUAAUUAGUAAAACUAUAGAAUCAGAUAUUCGUGGUCGAUCAAAAAUGGAAUCUCAUAUUCCUUUACCAAGAUCAGCCGAUGUAGUACGUAUUACGAAGGAUGAAUUGUUAGGCAAAGAUCAUUCGAUCCGUUCGCAAUCGGAUACUGAUCACCCUAUUGAUAAAGAUAAAGAUAUUGUAGAAACUGAACAUUUGAUGAAGGAAAGCAUCGAAACGAGUGAUACAACCAUAGAUACGUACCCAUCAAAAAUAUUUGAGUCUGAUAAAACUUAUACUACAGUAACAACGAUCGUGUCUUCCUCGGAUCAAGCGAUCGAUCCUGAUAAGUUAAACGAACUUAUGCAAAUGGAUGAAGUUUUGAAGACAGUUAAAACUGUAACUACUUCUACAUUUGAAAUAACAGAUUCAGAAUAUCCUACGGAAAUUGUUAAGAGGAAAACUACUAGAAUCACAGAAGUUUUACCUGAUUUUAAAGGCGUUGGUGUUUACGAAGAUGAACCCAGUAUAGGAUUAAAUGCAAGUAACAGUAAUCAGAGUAUUAAAACGAACGAAGAUGGAACGUUUAUAGAAAGAGUGACUACAAUAAGGCAAUUUACUGGACCUUCUUAUUCGGAAAAAUUAAAUCAAUCGAUGUUAGAAUCGAUGAGAACUGGUGAUGAUCGAUCGGAUGAUCCAUUUUUUUCUUCGGACCUGAAGACAUCGGAAUGCGAGAUUGAUAGAAGUUAUAUGAAAGCAGGAAAAUCAGAAAGCGAUGAACGAGACACAUGGACGCAAGCCGGAGUGGCAGAAUAUUCGUCCAUUAAUAAUUCCGAGCAAUGGGAAACGCAGCUCUCUUUAGACACGUCACCUGGUUCUGGUAAUGGUGAUAUUUAUACAAAGAACGAUAGUUCGCGACAUGAAUUGAACAGCGAUACAGAUAGUGACGGUUCUCCUCGGCCAAGAAGAAGAUCCCCGUGCAAGAGACGUACUUUGGGCAGUUCUAGCGGGUCGGACGUAGCACUGCACGAAGGUGCGGAACUGUCCCCAUUGGAGGACGACCAAGGUACCGCACUCACAGCUAACCUUCUAAAAUCUGACUUUUUGCAACAAAGCGAGCCAACCUUUGUAGAGACAACAACGACCGAAAUGGAUCCCUUAACACAGGAAAGAAUAACAAGAACGGUGCAAGUAGUAACGACAACAACGACGGUACCGAUGGCAGGUGGCAUAGCUGUGACGGACGAUUUGCGGGAAUCAAUGCAGAAAAUAGUUGACCAAUUUAUGACAGAGGAGAGGAAAGGCCAGUGAAGAAUUGAAAGAUGAGAAGCGCGAAAAAGAAUAAAUGAUAAUAAUAACAAUAAUAAUAAUAAUAAAAGAAGAAACAGAUUGUCGUCAAAGGGAUGUAAAAUUCCUCUAAAGGAAUAAUAUUCUCUUUUGCGUUGACCUAACGAAGCAUCUGUUCCGAACAAAGCACCCCAUUAAAACUCAAUAUCCAAUAAAAUAAAGCUCUUCAUUCUCGCGGCGUUCCCCGAGAAAUAAACAAGGCAUAUACUAUGUAUGUAUUGUAAGACGUUAUAUCGUCGCGCCGCUUAUGGCCUACGCUUCGAAUUUGCUUGCCCUUCCGUUAUAUUUCGUUGCCUUAUAUUUUUUUUGUGUUUGAACUGGUAAUUAUUAUUAAUAAUAUAUGUAUGUAUGUAUAUGUCGUUGCUAGUCCGACUAGCUCUCUGCUAGUCUUCACUAUGCCAACCCGUCCACGUACAACGCCUUCUCUCGUGUUGUUCAAAGCAAGAUAAGGAAAUGAAUCGCCUUUAAAUAAAAAGUUUUCAAGGCAAAUCAAAGUAUCGAUCGAACAACAUAAAAAUCAUAUUGAAAUGAAAAAAACGAAACGAUAAUAAAUACGUCUUAUUCGUAGACGUUUAUCUGAAACGAACGAUAUGCCAUGGCGAAAGCGAAUACUAUAUUUAUAGUGUAUAAUGAAAUCUCGAAUAUAUGACGAAAUUAAACGACAGAUUUUACAUUGCGGCUUUGCUAAGUGGUCGCUGGGGAGUCUGCUUUAGCUUUAGAAUGACUGUAAUGUCUAUCUGCGCAAUACAUCGCUUAAUUAGAACAGUAAACUUUUAUUCAUAUUUCCGACAGUGAAUUUCGCAGAUGAUCUUGUUGUCACUUGUCUCAGAAACAAAUUAAGUGCACAAUAAAUUGAAGGAUCGAAGAGUAGUUUUUGAUUCGAUUGACAACGAGAAACGAAUGUUUUUAUUGAUCAAGGCGCAAUAUAAAUGUAACUUAUUUAAAGAAUAUUUCCUAACAAUUUUUAAUUAUAUAUAUAUAUAUAAUAAUUUCUUAGCGUAACUUAUACAAAUGUACUAUUAUACAGUUGUAAUAAUGACAAGAUUAUAACACGAAUAUUUUAUUUAUAUAGCAAAAAAAAAAAAGAGAAGAAAUCAUUGGUAUAAUGUUACAUGCGUAAAUUUUGAAAUGAGAAUAAUGUUGUUGGCAAUCUGUCCAUAUGAAUUGUAUAAAAUAUAAAAAGAAAAGAAACGAGGCAGCACGAUGAUUAUAAAAAAUAUAUUGUUUAAAUUUAUUGAUUUGAAUUCGUCUCAAUACAUAAACAAUGUUAGCUUUCAAUGUACAACACAAUUUAAAAAAAAAAAAGUACAGGAAGAAAUCAUAUGUGUAUUAAAAAGAAAGUUACGAAUAAGACAUUCGAUUCAUGUAUGAUACAUUGAAAGAUAUAUAAUUAUUACAUAUACGAAAUUUAUAACUUAUUACUUGUAAUGACUGUUAAACUACAAUUAAUAGACUUGCCUAGAGCCUAUUUGACCUAAGGACCAAAGGCACAAUCACGCGCGCAUCAAAAUGAAUGAAACACUCCAAUGUAUUGUAACAUUUAGUGUAAUUUCACGAAUGUUGUAAUACUAAUAUUUAAACAUUCUGGAUAAAUCAAACUACGAAUUACACCGCGGAAGAAUAACUAUUUUCCAUAAUUUAUGUGCAAAAACGCAUUAACAUCUGCUAAAAGAAAAGCGUCUCGUAAAUAAAAAAAUGGUGAUUAUAAUAUAGUUACCACAAUUGGGGACGAAAAUUCAGCAUAACCCUUUGACGAUAUUCGAUAUUUGGUAUUUAUUCGCGCGCGGAAAAGUUAUUAAAUAUAUUUCAACCUUUAGUGAAGAGAAACUCUAUCCAAUUAUACCAGCAGAUUUUGCGCAACAGCGUAUAAUCAAAAUGAUGGUAAAAACUCCAUAAAUCGGUAAGUUAUAUUAGCGUUAAAUCAAGAGCGACAAAGUUACGUCAAAGGGUUAAUAUCUUCUACUUUGUUAUGCAUUGUUACAGUAAGUUAAAGAGACCAAUCUAUAGUAUAUCAUUAUUUCUUGUAAUAUAUCUUAUAUUACAUGAUAUAUAGGUCUAAGAAGUAUUUAAUUUUCAAUCUCGCAUUAGUAGUUUUCACAGAUCCCAUAAUUUUGUACAGUCAACUUUUUCUGAGUAACAUGACAUGCACGCAAUCAGCAACAGCCAUUUUACUCUGUGCUAUUUACAUGUGUCUCUGCUAUUUAAUAUAUCGUGUUAAGUUAUAAUAUUGUAAUGGCAUUGCACGGCAUUAUAUCAACCAAGAAGAGAAGGUAUGACGUAUAUAGCACUGUGUGGUUGAAUUAUCAAUGACAGCAUAAUAAAAAAUGUUCUAAUGCAGUUAUAAUGUAUUACAAAAGAAGAAAAAAGAGAAUGAAAAAAGGCAGAA